AUGGACGAGAUCGCUACCGCUCACAACUCAGUAACUGACCAAAUGCUAAAAAUGGAAGAAUGGCUAGCUGCGUAUGAAGCAAAAUUGACCCCCCUUGAAGAUCGCUUCAUCAGGCACAAUCUCUGUCUCUGCGGCAUACCGGAGUCCACGGCGGUGAGUGACCUGACAUCUUAUGCCAUGGGGCUGUUUCGCACACUGUGCCCAGAUAUGCCAGCUGACAUGAUCCUUCUUGACAGGGUACAGCAGGUGGUGAAAGCACGGGCAGCCCCACAAACUACACUGUGGGAUGUACUUCUUAGAGUCCACUAUCACCACAUUAAAGAGGCCAUACUACGAGCCAGUAGAACUGCAAAGGAAUUGUCAGGCGUUUAUGCGCAGAUCCAAAUCUUUGCCGAAAUAUCACCUACUACUUUGGCGCAAUGA